GGCGCUCCGGGGUGGGUGUGUCGGGGCGUGUGUGAGAAGCGGGCACCUGGGUCGAGCGACGAGUCAUCGAGCCGAGCGCCUGGAUUGCGGAAGCCCCAGGGGCGGGCCCGCGCCCGGCCUGCUCCUCCGGCCCGGCUCCGGCUCUCGUCAGCUCCGCGGGAGGGAACCGGCACCUGGAACUCUAUUUUGAGAAUCUCUUGAAACAAACCAAAAAAGUCAUGGAGAAGAAUGGCAAUAACCGAAAGCUUCGGGUUUGUGUUGCUACUUGCAACCGUGCUGAUUAUUCUAAACUUGCCCCGAUCAUGUUUGGCAUCAAGACGGAACCCGAAUUCUUUGAACUUGACGUGGUGGUACUUGGCUCGCACCUGAUAGACGACUAUGGAAACACCUAUCGCAUGAUUGAACAAGAUGAUUUCGACAUUAACACCAGGCUGCACACGAUCGUCAGGGGCGAGGAUGAGGCAGCCAUGGUGGAGUCCGUAGGCCUGGCCCUGGUGAAGCUCCCAGAUGUCCUCAACCGUCUGAAGCCGGACAUCAUGAUCGUUCAUGGUGACCGCUUUGAUGCCCUGGCGCUGGCCACAUCUGCCGCCUUGAUGAACAUCCGAAUCCUUCAUAUUGAAGGGGGGGAAGUGAGUGGGACUAUCGAUGAUUCCAUCAGGCACGCCAUCACAAAGCUGGCUCACUAUCACGUGUGCUGCACCCGAAGCGCAGAGCAGCACCUCAUCUCCAUGUGUGAGGACCACGACCGCAUCCUCCUGGCAGGCUGCCCUUCCUACGACAAGCUGCUCUCCGCCAAGAACAAAGACUACAUGAGCAUCAUUCGGAUGUGGUUAGGUGAUGAUGUAAAAUCUAAAGAUUACAUUGUUGCACUACAGCACCCUGUGACUACUGACAUUAAGCAUUCCAUUAAAAUGUUUGAACUAACACUGGAUGCACUUAUCUCAUUUAACAAGCGGACCUUAGUUCUGUUUCCAAAUAUUGAUGCAGGGAGCAAAGAGAUGGUUCGAGUAAUGCGCAAGAAGGGCAUUGAGCAUCACCCCAACUUUCGAGCGGUUAAACAUGUCCCGUUUGACCAGUUCAUACAGCUGGUUGCCCAUGCUGGUUGUAUGAUUGGGAAUAGCAGUUGUGGGGUGCGAGAGGUCGGAGCCUUCGGAACACCUGUCAUCAAUUUGGGAACGCGUCAGAUUGGAAGAGAAACAGGGGAGAAUGUCCUUCAUGUCCGUGAUGCUGACACCCAAGACAAGAUCCUGCAGGCGCUGCACCUUCAGUUUGGCAAACAGUACCCAUGUUCAAAGAUAUAUGGGGAUGGAAAUGCUGUUCCAAGGAUUUUGAAGUUUCUCAAAUCUAUUGAUCUCCAAGAGCCACUACAAAAGAAAUUCUGCUUUCCUCCAGUGAAGGAGAAUAUCUCUCAAGACAUUGACCAUAUCCUGGAAACUCUGAGUGCCUUGGCUGUGGAUCUCGGUGGGACAAAUCUGCGAGUUGCAAUAGUCAGCAUGAAGGGUGAAAUUGUUAAGAAGUAUACUCAGUUCAACCCGAAAACCUAUGAAGAGAGGAUUAACUUAAUCCUACAGAUGUGUGUGGAAGCUGCAGCAGAAGCUGUAAAACUGAACUGCAGGAUUUUGGGAGUAGGCAUUUCCACAGGCGGCCGUGUAAAUCCUCGGGAAGGAAUUGUGCUGCAUUCAACCAAAUUGAUUCAAGAAUGGAACUCAGUAGACCUCAGGACUCCCCUGUCUGACACUUUGCACCUCCCCGUGUGGGUAGACAAUGAUGGCAACUGUGCUGCCCUGGCAGAAAGGAAAUUUGGCCAAGGAAAGGGACUGGAAAACUUUGUGACACUUAUCACAGGCACAGGGAUUGGGGGCGGCAUCAUUCAUCAGCACGAACUGAUCCAUGGGAGCUCCUUCUGUGCCGCGGAGCUUGGCCACCUGGUUGUGUCUCUGAACGGACCCGACUGCUCCUGUGGCAGCCAUGGCUGCAUUGAAGCGUAUGCGUCUGGAAUGGCCCUGCAGAGGGAAGCCAAAAAGCUGCAUGACGAGGACCUGCUCUUGGUGGAAGGGAUGUCAGUGCCCAAAGAUGAAGCCGUGGGCGCGCUCCAUCUCAUCCAAGCUGCAAAACUUGGCAAUGCAAAGGCCCAGAGCAUCUUAAGAACAGCGGGAACAGCUUUGGGUCUCGGGGUUGUGAACAUCCUCCACACCAUGAACCCCUCCCUCGUGAUCCUCUCUGGGGUCCUGGCCAGUCAUUACAUCCACAUCGUCAAAGACGUCAUCCGCCAGCAAGCCCUGUCCUCGGUGCAGGACGUGGACGUGGUGGUGUCAGAUCUGGCUGACCCUGCGCUGCUGGGCGCCGCCAGCAUGGUUCUCGACUACACAACUCGCAGGAUCUACUAGGCCUCCUAGGUGUGGACACGGACCGAUGCUGGCGAGAUCUUCAGUGGAAUCAAGUUCUGGUCUUUUAGAAAAACUUUGCUUAGAAAGCAAAUCUGUAAUUUCACUGCAGGUGACUUUGGUAGAAAAAAAAAUUUUUUUUGCCUCUUCUUCCAAACUUACUUUUUACAGUCCCCAUUUUUGUAGACAUUACUUUUUUCUAAUACUAUCCUAGGAGAGGUCACUUUGACCCAAACUCUAAGUUCCAGUCACCAUUUUCUGUGCCAAAAGGAGCUAUGAUGAUAAACCAGGAAGCCUUAGGACUAACAUGAACUGCUCAGGCCCACAGGCCUUGCUCGGGGAUGUGAAGUUCCUACUGGAGUUUGAGUUAAUAAUUCUCCUUCCUCUAACCCCACACUCAGAUCACAGAAAGAAACUUAAGGCUUAAGUAAACUUGUUUUUAAAAAGUCUUACUGACAUUUUUAAAAGUAGACAAUUUGAUAAGCUUUGCCCUGUGUAUAUACCUGUGAAACCACCACUGCAACCAAGGUGUUGGCCUUUUCUGGCACCCCCUUAGUAUAGCGUCACUUGUGGAACUUGUAAAGGCUUUACCCCAGGGAUCUGGGAUUGCAGUGGCUUUGGUGACCUUGUGUUUAUCUUCUUAGAGAUAGCUCAGGAGCCACUGGGAGGCACAGCCCUGGAAAGGAGAUUAACUGUCCCCAAGAGAUCUUUGCUGCUGAGCGGCAGACACUUUUCCCUUCCUCGUCGUGUGUGCUGGCGCUGGCCCGCCAUCCUUUAAAGCAGUGUUUGCAUGUGUCACACCCAGAGCCCACCUCUGCGGAUCUGGAUUCUGACCAAGAAAGAACCUGCUUCACUUGGUAUAAAAUACAAAAGCCAAAGUGCUGGCUUGUAACUAACCUGGAAAUACCGCCAAGUCAUCACGACUUACCAAAUGCCUGUCGUGUGCCAGCCUCCGCAUUAGGUUGCUUUCUGUAUUUUCACAACCUGUGAUGGUACUUUAAUUCCCACUGGAGAUUCCCAAACAUUGAGUGUCUUAAGUGGCAAACCUGAAGCUGGGGGCUAGAGACUCUGGGAGAGGGUUUGACCCAGGUCCCUGUGUGCUUUCUCUGCUAAGCCUUGCAACCCUUCAUUUCAAAACAGCUUCCAAAAUGCUGACAUAUGCCAGUUCACUUGAGGAUACCAGAUGUUUAAACAAGAGUAUGAUUUGCAAAUGA